CUUUAUGUUCGUUGAUACUACUCAAAGUUUCACAUAAUUGUUUUAAAAUUUGAGUGAAAUAAAAAAAAAAUUUUUUUGAAAAAGCAGUUUUAUAAAGGAAAUAUACUUCCUCCUAACUUCAGUCCGUAUUAAAGGAAUUUCGAAAAAAAAAUGAGAUACUUCUUAUUGAGACUGUAUGUUCUUCUUCUGAUAGAAAAAAAUAUUACCUCAAAUAAAUGUCCCUCUGACAUGACUUCAACUCCCUAUUGUAUUUGUAGAGAUAUUCGUUCUAUUGGCUACGUAGAUAUUAACUGUACCAGACCACUAUUAAAUACAAAUUCCAAUAAUAUGGGAUAUUUUAAAGUGAAUUUUUUUACAGAUAAAGUAGAACUAACAUGUUUUCAUUCACCAAAUUGGUCAAAAUUUCAUUACAAUUUUGGAAACCACAUGGUUGAGCAAAGAGUACUUUCUUUAGAGAAUUGUACUCUAGAAAAAAAUACCAAUCUAAGCGAAUUCGCUAAACAUAUUAAUGCAAUAAAUGUUCAAAAACUAGAAUUUACAAACACUAUUCAGCUGGAUACUAUUGGCUUUAAUAAAGAAUUAUUUAAAGAAUUUCACAAAGUAGAAACUCUCUUUAUUAUGAAUGAUAAUUUAAAAAUAAUAAUUAACAAUGAUUUACUUGAUUUUUUUUCAAAUAUUUCUACUUUUUUCUUAAUUAACUGUAAAUUAAUUAGCAAUCGAGAUAAUUUUUUUAAACUUCCUUCAACUCUUCGUUAUUUAAGAUUGAACUACAAUGAUAUACAUUAUUUGGAACCAAGAAUUUUUAAAAAUCUAAAUAUCUUAAAAUAUUUAGAUUUAUCCUAUAACAAAAUAAAUGAUUUUGAACACGAUAUUUUUGAUGCAAUGAUUAAUUUGGAAACUCUAUCGCUCAAUAACAAUAAUUUUACAUGGCUGCCAGAAUACGCUUUCAAGAAAUUAACGAAUUUGAAAUAUCUUGAUUUAACGUCAACUGGUUUAAUAUCAUUAUUAGAAACUAUAUUUCGAAACAAUAAGAAACUCACGUCACUUAAUUUGCAAAAUAAUCAAUUAAAAACAUUACCAAGCGAAAUAUUCCAUGAAUUAAUUAAUCUAGAAACAUUAAAUAUUGGCAAUAAUCAAAUGGAACAGAUACCACAGGAUAUAUUUUCCAAGCUUGUAAAUCUUACUUCUCUCAAUCUUAGUGGGAAUAAAUUUAAAUCUUUUAGCGAUCGGACAUUUCAAAAUUUAAUUAAACUUCAGAAUUUGAAUCUUCGUCAAAAUCAACUCGAUAAUCUUGCUGAUUCUAGAUUCGAAAGCAGAGUAAUGGGAUAUUUUAUAAAUACUUUAAAAAUAUUUGACACACUUUGGACAAAAGAUUAUCCUUUUGUUUCAAUAUUUUUCAAUUGUUUAAAUUUAAUGCAUCUAGAUCUUUCAUAUAAUAACAUAAAAAAAAUAUAUGACGAUUGGUUUCUAUUGUCUAAACUAAAAUUACAAAGUUUAAAUCUUGAUCAUAAUAAAAUAUCUGAAUUAGAUUUUAACCAAGGUUUGGUACAGAUAAACAAUUUUUCCAUUGAUUUGUCUCACAAUCAACUAGCAGCUAUUGUUCCCUUCAAUUUAUCAAAUAUAAAAAUUACAACUCCAGUACCAAUAACUGUCAUUAUAAAUGACAAUCCCAUUAAUUGUGAAUGUCAAAUUUCCGGCUUAUUGGAGUAUCAAAAUUCUAAAAGAAUGAAAUUUUUGAACAUAAUAAUGGAUAAUUUAAAAUGUCAACGUCCGAAAAAUCUCGAGGGACAUUUACUUUCAUUUUUGAAAGUUGAUCAUUUAUUCUGUGAACCAUCACUUCUUCUUCAUAACAAUGACAAUAGUUUAUGUAAUAAAAAAUGUGAUGUUAAAAUUGACAUUGAAAAGCAGCAACCAAUGGAAAUUAAUGGUACUAAUGAAAAUGAAAUUUAUAAAUUCAAUUGCACUAAUAAAUAUCUUCGGAUGCUUCCAAAAGAUAUAUGCAUCGUACCAGGAACCAGUGUAGAACUAGAUUUGACAAACAAUGAAUUCGAUAAAAUUCCAAUUUUUGACAAUAAAUACUAUUGUGAUGCAGUGAGAAAAUUAAUUUUGUCCAACAAUUCCAUUUACAACCUUCAAGAUAUUUCAUCAUAUAAAAAUCUCGAGAUUUUAGAAAUUAAUUAUAAUCAAAAAACUGCAUGGGAAAUAACUGAGAAUGAAAUUAAUGAAAUAAGUAAUAUGAAGCAUUUGCAGCAAAUUUCCUUACACAGGAGUCUAUUUGUGUGCAAUAAUAAUAUAAAUAAUCUAAAAAAUUAUAGAAUGUUUAAAUUAAUUUCGAAUGUUCGACAAUUAUCUUGUGUGCAGCCUGAUACAAACGAAUUAAUUUAUCCCUUUGAAAAAUUAACAUUGUCACAAUAAAAAUUCAUUAUAAUUUUUUUCUCUUGUUCCUGAACAGGAUUUAAUAAUAUAACUAAAAAUUAAAUUAACUUCCCAAAUAGCAUGGAAACUUGCAGCAACUUUGCAGUGCAAGGUUUGAAAGUUUGUAAGGUAAGUUUGCAGAAAACUUGUGGCAAAUAUUGAAAUGUCCUCCCUUUGCAAUUUAGCAACAAAAACUUUCUGCAAACAUGCUAAGCAAAAUUGUCGAAAAGUUUCAAGAACAAUUUGUAGUAAAAUUGCGCGGAAAAUUUUUUAGAAAUUUUAAAAUGCAAUUUUUAGUAAAAUAAAUAUUUAAUAGUUUUAUGGAAAAUAAUUUUGUCAAUUUCUUUUGAAUUUAAAUAAUUAAAUCACAGAAUAGAAAAGGAGAAAUAGCGAAACAAUUUUUUUAAUUUAUUCUUUGGAAACAUAUGGAAACAUUUGUUAUGAAACAUUUUUAAAAUGGAGUACAAUUUAUUAGCCACGAUGUUAGUAACUUGUUUCACUAUUUCUCCUUUUCUAUUCUGUGAUUUAAUUAUUUAAAUUAAAAAAAAAUUGACAAAAUAAUGGUGCUAUUUGGGUUUCGACUAUAAUAAAUUUUUCUGUAAAAAAAAUGAGUAUAGAUUUUUUUUUUCAUUUAUACCUUUUUAAUUUUAAAUUAAUAAUGAAAAAUUAGUGUAAGUUUCACACCUUAUUGGCUGCCCUGUCUGCCUGCAGGUUACCAUGGCAACGCACGAGUGUGAGUGAGACAGAAAAUUUGAAUAUUCAAGUUUUUAAAUUUUCUGUCGCACUCACUCUCAUGCGUUGCCAUGGUAACCUGCAGGCAGCCAAAAAGGUGUGAAAGCGCCUUAAAGGAUUUUUUAUGUAGUUUUCAAUGCCAAUAAAAAAAAUUUAACCCUA